UAUACCAUUGUAUACGCAUAUGGAGAGGGCCUUUGAGCCACAAGUCUUUGGCACCACUAAACACAUUAUACUCGAGGGAUUUCAAGGUGGUGAUCUGGCACCGGUGUUUGUGCUCAAGCCGGAGCCCCUGGUAGUUGCCGAGGGUGAAUCUGCCAAGUUUUGUUGCCGGCUGGUCGGCAGUCCUCGUCCAUUGGUCAAGUGGUUCAUCAAUGGUAACCAAGUGGUCAAUGGCUCGAAGUAUAAGAUCCGUAACGACGGUAUCCAUCAGUUGGAAAUACCCAAAACGGGCGAAUGGGAUAAGGGAGAGGUAGAGGUGUGCGCCAGAAAUGCGCAUGGUGAAACUAAAUACAGUACUACAUUGGAUGUCCGGCAACGCAAUGAUGACUACAGGUCUUUGUUGAAGAAUUCACCA